AUGCAAAUUUUCGUCUUAAGCGCACUGAUUAAGUGCGAUGCUGGAUGUAUGAGGGAAGAUGAAUCUAAGGUAGAGGUUCGCAAAACAGAUACUGCAGAAGAUAAGAAGUAUGAAUAUGAAUAUGAACAUUAUAUGAAUGGCCCCCCUAGAGAAGACGUUAAGAAAUGGCUAGAUGUAGAGUUUCAUGCGUCUGCUGAUGUGUUAUACCACUUAUUGCCUCUCAUUAAACAGAAAGUAGAUAUUUUUGAUAAAAUAAAGAAUACUGACAUUGUUUUAAAUACUGUUCGUGAAUUUGAAGAUAAAUAUUCAUUUAGAUUUAUUGAUGAAAGUGCUAGAGAAGGAUGUGUUAGAAGAAUAAAAGGACGUCUUCUUUAUUUUCUAGGUUUGGAAUAUGUAACAGAAGAAUACUGUAAAAAAGUACAGAAAUAUUUUUGGAUAGAAGAAAGAUUAGAAGAGGAAAUGUCAGUUAAGAUGGAUGAGGCAAAAACAUUCAAAGAUAAAAAAAAUGUGUGUCGUAAUUCCGAAGAAAUGAAAAGACUUAUAUGUACUUAUGAAAAGGAUAGAAAUGUGCAUUUAACAGAGGAUAUGAUACUUCAUACCGUAUGUAUAGCUAGGGCUGUCCUUUUAGAUUUCCUAAAAGCACAAACUAUUGUACCUUCUAAGGACUUACCAAUGAAACCAGAUGAUGAUACGUCCCCAGAAAUACCAGAUUUUAAUAUAGAUUUUGAUCGUGGACACGGAUGCCCUAGUUUUAAUAGAAGAUGA